AUGUUCAAAGAUGUGUGGGGUGUGGUGAAACCUUGUGACCGGUGUCAAAGAACUGGUAAUAUUUUAAAAAGAAAUGAAAUGCCUUUGAACAACAUCCUUGAACUUGAAAUUUUUGAUGUAUGGGGCAUCGAUUUCAUGGGUCCUUUCACGAGAUCUUUUGGGAACAAGUUCAUUCUAGUGGUCGUCGAUUACGUGUCAAAGUGGGUGGAAGUGGUUGCAUCUCCUACUAAUGAUGCUAAGGUUGUGGUCAAGCUCUUCAAAAGAGUAAUUUUCCCAAGGUUAGGAGUGCCCCAGGCUGUGAUUAGUGAUGGAGGUUCACACUUUGCAAAGCGAUCCUUUCAAGUUCUCCUUGAGAAAUUUGGUGUGAGGCACAAGGUGUCAUUAGCUUACCACCCACAAACAAGUGGUCAAGGUGAAAUUUCAAACCGAGAGGUAAAAAUGAUUCUUGAGAAAACGGUGGAUAGGUCUAGAAAACAUUGGUCUACAAAUCUUAAUGAUGCUUUAUGGGCCUAUCGCACCACGUUUAAAACUCCUAUUGGCACCACACCAUACAAGCUUGUUUAUGGGAAGUCAUGCCACUUGUCGGUAGAACAUGAGCACCGAGCUCAUUGGGCUAUCAAAACAUUGAAUUUCGACCUUCAAAGCGCCGGUGAGAAGAGGUUGCUUGACCUCCACGCCUUGGAAGAAUUGAGAAUGGAUGCAUAUGAGAGUGCAAGGAUCUACAAAGAAAAGACCAAGGCUUGGCAUGACAAGCAUAUUAGCUAA